AUGGACUUUUGGAAUGAAUCAAAUGGACCCCCGCGGAAGAAAAUGCGAAAGGGGACGAAGAGCUGCACUGAAUGCCGACGUCGAAAAAUUCGCUGCACUUUCACCCCAGGUCGUCUAGCAGCAUGCAAUGAAUGUCGCCUGAGGGGUUCCAUAUGCAUCGAUCAAGAAAAUACCUCAGAUGACCCCACUUUUCCCACUGGCUCUGGACAGGGAGACCAGCGAUACAGCCUUCGGGAACGUGUUGCGCACCUAGAGAAUGUUGUGCAGGAUCUUGCAAAGAGGCUAGACCAACAGACUGCUGCUGUUCCUUCUGCUGAGGCACCCGGCACUGACCUGGAACAAUGUCUCGAGUCAGAUCAACUAGGUCCAUCUAGUGACCAAAUCCAGAGUGCCCCAGUAUUGCAAUUGUUCGACAACUAUCUUGUCAGCCGACGGGAGGACUCAUCAAGCAAUGAUCGAUUCACAGGAGCCAAAGAUAUGUCUCCAAAGGCACGAGCAGUACGUGCUGAACUUCUAUCAUUAUUUCCAUGUGAAGAAGAUAUCUACAAGAUUUUCACUGAAGGCUUCAAAUUAUGGUGUAUUUGGGACGAUGUGAAUCUUCCCGACUUGGGAAUCGAGUUCAAGCUUAGAGCGCAUCUCAGCCAAAAUACUAUUGCUCCUGCAGAGAUAGCCAAAGCACUUGUGUGCUUUUCCGUCAGUGUCAUCCAGUCGCCUCCAGAAUUUGACUUCGGAGCUCUCAGGAACCCUAUUGAUCCACAAGAAUUUGCAGCUCGCUGCACUGCGGCAGUGGAUCGCUUGGUUGUCCGUGAUGAUGACUUUGCGGCAACGCUUCCUGGCAUCGAAUGCCAAAUGUUGCUGUCCAAAUUUCAUUUGAAUGAAGGUCGACUGCGGAAAGCCUGGCUGGUGAACAGACGAGCUAUCGAAUUUGCACACCUUGCGGGAAUGCACCUAUCAACUCGGACACCGCGUCCAUCAGACGGUCUCUUUGAGAGACGACUGAAACUGUGGUGUGCGCUGACAACAACAGAUCGAUCCCUAAGUCUGAUUCUUGGUCUUCCCUAUGGGGUAUCAGAGGCAUUCUAUCUUCCUCAAAUAGAACGUCGACUGAAAUCGACGACUUCUCCUGCUGAGCCCUACCUGCUGCGCAUGGGCGUCAUUACUGGGCACAUGGUUGACCGUAAUCAGAACCCAGCGGAAAUGUGCCUAGAGACGACGCUGAAGCUUGAUCAAGAGCUUAUGGAUGCCUGGAAAGCCAUGCCGAAUAGCUUCUACGGCACAGAACCUGGCCCGAACGAGAGCCGGGAGCAUUUUUAUGAACGAGUCCCACUGCAGUUUAUGCCUAAAGUUCUGCGAGCCCUUCUUCAUCUCCCCUUCAUGCUGAAGUAUCCCUUCGAUCCGCGUUUUAGCUACUGUCACCAGAUAGCCAUCCAGUCUGCGCGGGAGGGGUUAGUGUUAUACAAAGUCCUUCGGUCCAUCACCAGGUCUUACCUUUGUAAGAUGAUUGACUUUCUGGCUUUUACCAUGGGGAUGCUCCUCAUUGUUCAUCUUCAUGGCCAAUCUGAGGAAUCUUCAGAGCCCAACAAAACCCGGGAUGAGCAAGAUUGGAAACUCGUUGGGGAGGUUGUCGGGAUUCUUCGCGAAGCUUCAUCUGAGUGCGGUGGCUCUGUGGCUGCAGAAUCUGCAAAUAUCCUCGGCGCAAUCUUCCACACUCGGUCCCAAAAGAGAAAUUGGACAUCUCUGGCGACAUGUAAAGUAACCGUACCAUAUUUUGGUACUAUCACUGUCGGGGCUGGGGCCAAGUUCUUGAGACCAAAAGACCAGGACCCAGGCAUCCCAAAUCCUCUGCCAUCUGCGACUGCAUCAUCUAAACCCAGUCCAAACCAGCUCUGUACUCCUCCUAUAUCAGACUCAGAUGGAGCUUCCACUUGUCACUCUAACACUAUGAACCCGAAUACCCCAAUACUUGGUGCGAACGGUGCUACCGGCUAUCCGCUCCAACCAUUGUCCCAAGGCGAUGAUCUCGUUCCAAAUACGUUCGCAGGCCUCGAAUCGAAUACGUUCACGGGACUUUUUGACGAUUUUGGACAAUUCACAUGGCCAAGUCCGGACGUGGACCUGGGGUUAGACCAUGGCUGGAAUCUAAACUGGUUUGAGUAG